GGGACAGUCAAAAAGUGUUGCGAAGUAACACGUCCACCACUCUGACCUGAAGACAACUGCAGUCUUACAUGAAGUGAAUGGACAGAAGUCAGAGUGACCGCAGCAGUCACUCUAUUCUGUCAGCAACCACAAGAUGGCGCACUGAGACUUGUGUGGCUCUAAUGUGCCUCGACGCUCCUGAUAGCUGACAAGUCUCUGCUUCUGUCUGUCGUUUGCAUUUUUCUGUUUCCCGUGUUUGAUUUUAUCCCCUUCAUUCUGCUGCCUGGUUCUAAUUCAGGAAGGCAACUCAGCUGGUCCUUCUUUGGCAAUCAGAUGAAGAGAAAGCAGACGGAAGCGAGUGACUCGUCUCGUUUGAAUAUUAAACGCAGAUUCGUAUUUGUUGUUGUGCAGCUGUUUGGAUAAAUGUGGAGAAUAUUUUAUGUUGAGAAACGUACAAAAAAAAACACGCUGUGAAAUUGUUGCAUUGUCUCUCAAAUGAGGAAACUCACGGUUUGUAAAUAUCUGUGAUCCUCACCGGCCUCAUCCUCACCUCAUCCCCGAUCCCACAGUCCAUGCAUAAACCGUGACAAAACUUUUUAGCCACCCCAUCCGCGACUCCUGUCACCUCCCACCCUCCACCCCCCUCUCCGACACCCAUCCAUACAAACUCCUGCAUCGUCUCUCAAACUAACUCACUCCUCUCUUGCACCUUCAGCCCGUCUCCUCUCCAUCCACUGCGUCACAUUAACCCCUUCAGCUGCAGCUUCACACCCACACUGAGCACCACCAGCACCACCAUGCUCUGGAAAUCCAGGUCCAAGACUGACGGUGUGCAGGACCGCGCAGACGGACUAAGCGGCUCCUCGCCGAGUGGGCGCCUCUCCCAGCUGUCCUCCCUGAACCAGGCCGCCUACUCCUCGGCUCCCCCACUCUGCCACACUCCGGCCUCCGACUUCCAGCCUCCGUACUUCCCUCCCCCUUAUCCCCAGUCCUCCCUGCCAUACUCCCAGAGCCAAGACUCAGCGUAUUCCCACCUGUCAGACCCCUACCCCUCCAUCAACUCCAUCCAUCAACAUCAGCAAGCGGCAUGGCACUCGCAGAGGUCGCGCUCCGAGGAGGGGGGACUCCUGUCACAGUCGCACCGGGCUCUGAGCCUCGACCCCCGACGGGAGUAUCCAGCUGUCCCACGGCUGCUGCACGGUCUCGGGGAAGGCGCUGCCGCUCUCGGGGACGGUCCUCUCGGGAUGCACCUGGGACAUCACGGCCUGGAGGAUCUUCAGGGAAUGGAGGAAGGAUCAGCCUUGGGCAUCCUCGACCACUCUGUCAUUAAAAAAGUUCCCAUCCCGUCCAAGCUGAACGGCUCGUCCCUCUCGGCCUUGUCCAUCGGCAAGGAGGGUCUCGGUGUGGGAGCCGUGUCCAACCCGGCCGAGGUCUUCUGUUCGGUCCCGGGCCGCCUAUCGCUGCUCAGCUCCACCUCCAAGUACAAGGUGACCGUCGGGGAGGUGCAGCGACGCCUCUCCCCGCCCGAGUGCCUCAACGCGUCUCUGCUGGGCGGAGUCCUCCGCAGGGCAAAGUCAAAGAAUGGUGGCCGCUGUCUGAGAGAGCGUCUGGAGAAGAUUGGCCUCAACCUGCCCGCCGGGCGACGCAAGGCAGCCAACGUCACUCUCCUAACAUCUCUGGUGGAGGGUGAGGCCGUUCAUCUGGCACGAGACUUCGGUUACGUCUGCGAGACAGAGUUUCCGGCCAGAGCCACAGCUGAGUAUCUGUGCAGGCAGAGCGAGCCGGACCAGCUCCCCACACGGCGCAGCAUGCUGCUCGCCACCAAGGAGAUCUGUAAGGAGUUUAUGGACCUGAUGUCCCAGGACCGCUCCCCACUGGGCGGCAGUCGGCCCACCCCCUGCCUGGAGCCCGGCGUCCAGGGAAGCCUCACCCACUUCAGUCUGCUCACCCACGGCUUCGGCACUCCCGCCAUCUGCGCCGCUCUCUCCGCCUUCCAGAGCUACCUGAUGGAGGCGAUCAAAAUGCUGGACAAGGGAGAGGGUGGAGGGAAGAGCCACCACGACAAGGAGAUGAAGCACCGCAAAUAGAGGGCGGACACACGGAUGUGCUGAUGGGUGGAUGAGAGGCAGGAAGGAAGAGAGAGGGGUGAAGGGGUGUGGGGUGGGUGAGACUGACUGGUGCCCCUCUGUGUCUUCACCUUCGCCCUCAGGAUAAAAACUGAGACUUGUACCUCCCAGAGAGCCCUGCGGUCCCUCUCGUCGAGCAGGCGGUGGGGCUCACGAUGAUAUCUGUACUGUAAUGUGUGUCCGCGGCCACCUCACUCAAAACGACGCAUGGACCUCUCUUCUCAGUAGCUGGUUUGUGUCAUGAUGGCGUCUACAAAACAUCUCUACAGGAUGAGUUCCUACAUAUGCUCAUAUUUACCUCCCGCCCUCUUACCUUCUUUCUUUCUUUUUUUUAAAAUUCUGGUGAACAUGUCACUUUAUUUGUGCUUUCUCACACACACACACACACACUCAUACGCAUUUUUGGACUGAACUCAUCCGGGAAGUGUUGCAAGCCAUAUCCGAGACAACAACCCGCUCUUUGCUCCUUUGGACCUCUGGGGGACUUUUAACUCCACUCUGAUUGGACAGCUUCCGUAUGUAGUUCUUUUUUAAUUUGGUGGUUGUGGGAAAUUGAGUUCUCUGGGUUCUCUAGCAAUGGGGUAAGGAGGAGUCAAAGGCAGCUAAAGGAGAACUGUUUUCUUUUAUUUUGAAGUACUACGUGUUGGUAACUUAAGAGAAUAACACAAAUCAUUUUGUACUUUCUGUGUAUGUUUAUUAUUAAUGUUAUUACUGUUGUUAUUAUUAUUGUAUUACGGCAUAAAUGUAAUAUAUUAUUAAACAAUUAAGAACGGAUUGGUUAAGUUUCAUGACUAUGUUUU